CCUUUCCCUCUUUACGAUUUCUCUCCAUUUCUUUCCAAGGAAAGCAGAGAAGCCUUAAGAGCGACCCAAAUUUUCCUUCUCUCAGUCCUUUUAAAAACUCUCUCUCUCUCUCUCUCUCUCUGGUGUGUGUGUGCGCGUGCGCGUGCGCGCAAAUCUUUCUUCAUCCUCUCUGCAGAUUCAGGUGUAGGGAAGGCUAAAUUCUUUUACCAAUGGCUCCAACGCCCUCCCCAAGAACCAUUACAGGGCAACAAACACCCUCAAGAACUCCUCAAUCUAAGCACCGCCUCCAUUUCCCUAAUCCAAAGAACGGAGUGCACCCCUCUCCAAAUCCUCUCUCAGCUAUUAAAGAUCCGAUCCCGUCCGAGCACCCGGUUGAAGUCAUUGGCCGGAUCCGUGACCACCCAGACCGGAAAGAUAAGCCCCCCUCGGCUCUUGAAAUCUCUCAGGAUGGCCGCUCUGUUCGGGUCAGGACCGACAUCGGGUACCGAGAUUUCAGCCUCGAUGGAGUCUCAAUUGCUGAGGAUGAAGAUCUUGAGGGCUUUUACAAGAGAUUCGUCGAGCCGAGGAUCAAUGGCGUGCGGCUGGGUUCCAAGUGCACCAUUAUGAUGUAUGGGCCAACCGGAUCAGGGAAAAGCCACACGAUGUUCGGGUGUUCGAAGCAGCCAGGCAUUGUGUACAGGGCUUUGAGGGAUAUUUUAGGAGAGGGAGAUGGAGAUAAAGAGAACGAUGUGGAUGAUGGGGGGUUUGGGCUUGGUAUGUUUGUCCAAGUUGCCGUUUUAGAGAUAUACAAUGAAGAGAUCUACGAUCUUCUUUCAGGACAUUCGAAUGGAGGGGGAGCAACUAUUGGGCUUCCAAAAGGCAACACUCCAAAGGCUCGAUUAGAAGUGAUGGGAAAGAAGGCAAAGAAUGCAACGUAUCUAUCAGGAAAUGAAGCUGGAAAGAUAUCAAAGGAAGUUGCCAAAGUAGAAAAGCGGAGGAUUGUUAAAAGCACUCUUUGCAAUGAAAGAAGCUCACGAAGUCAUUGCAUGAUAAUUCUGGAUGUUCCAUCAGUAGGUGGAAGGCUAAUGCUGGUUGACAUGGCCGGUUCUGAAAACAUAGAGGCAGCUGGUCAAAUUGGAUUCGAAGCAAAAAUGCAGACAGCAAAAAUUAAUCAAGGAAACAUAGCACUAAAAAGAGUGGUUGAAUCCAUUGCAAAUGGUGACUCUCAUGUUCCAUUCAGAGAUAGCAAACUUACAAUGCUUUUGCAGGAUUCAUUUGAGGAUGAUAAAUCAAAAAUUUUGAUGAUUCUUUGUGCAAGUCCUGACCCCAAAGAAAUGCACAAGACCAUUUCUACUCUUGAGUAUGGAGCUAAAGCAAAGUGCAUUGUCCGUGCUGCUCAUAUGUCAACUCCCAAAGAUAAAUUGAACUCUGAGGAGUCAUCUGUGGAUCUGAGAUCAAGAAUUGUAGCAAUGAACCAGUUCAUAUAUAACCUGCAAAUGGAUAACAAGCUUAAAGAGAGAGAGCGUGAUGAAGCCCAUAAAGAGCUAUUGCAGAAAGAGGAAGAAGUAGCACAGCUAAGAUCUAAGCUCAAACUGAUUGAAGGAAGGGGGGCAAUAGUAAAGGAAGAAGAGAUAAAAUCAAAGGUGGAUGAAAGAACACAGAAUUUGAGGAUUGAGUUAAUGAAGAUGGAGGGGAAGAUGUUACAACAACAAGAGGAGCUCAAUGUGCUGAGACGGCAGUUGGAGGAAGUGGAAUAUGAAAAGGUUAAAGUUGCUGAGGAUGCAUUGCGAGACAUAGAUGGAAGUAGAUUUAUGAAAAGAUUUUCUGAAAUUUAUUCAGGAGACCAAGGAAUGGAGAAAUCUAUGGAGUUAGAUAUGGGGGAUCAACCAGCAAUAUAUGAUGUGAAAGAGAUUAAGGAGGACCCUCAGCAAUCAGAAAAUCGUUUGAACCUCUCUUUGUUGCAUUCUUGUCCUUUGAGUAUGGAAGAGGAAGUUGAUCCUAACAUGAUGAGAUUCCCAGAUAAGGUGUGCUUGAGCACUGUUUUUGAGGAGGAUGAAGAAGAAGAAAAAGAUAGUGCAGAGGAAAAUGAAGUUGAUAAGGAGGUGGUAGAAGAAGAAGACAUGGGAAAACUGUGGACUGAUGGCUUGGGAUCUUUCGGUGCCGAAUAUCACAGGGAUGCAAUGGAACAGCAACCUGGUAUCAUGGAAAUUCCAAAAGAUGCUGCCUCUGCUAGGAGAACAAGAAUUCAAAAUAUUUUCAGACUUUGCGGCAACCACAGAGAGUUGGCUCAACAAGUUAAAGUUUCAACUCCUUCCAAGAAAAGACCUGAAGAGAUGAAUAUCCAAUCCUCUACCUUGGUUCUAGGCAAAGAUAGAGGCGUAAACGAAGGGUUAGAAGCAGAAAGUCCUCUUCAGCAAUUAGUUAGACCACUCAAUAGCUGUUUGUCUGACUUGACAGCAACUGAAAGCCCAAUUUCUUCAUUGAUUACGCCAUUUGCAUCACUUCACCUCACAGAUAAGCAGAAAUCAGCAGAACCACAAUCCAGAUGUCUUUCUUUUGAAGCAUCGCAAAACUCAAAGGAGAACCACAGACCAGGAGAGGAGGGGGAAGAUGGAAUGUUGGAAGUUUAUGUAAAAUGGGAGGCAACAAAAGAAUCCACAGGAAACCUAAUUAAGAAGUUUAAGGUUUUGAAGAAUUCAAACCUCUCAGAUUUACGAAAACUUAUCGAAACACAUCUUGAUGAAGACAACAGCAAACAGCCCUUCUCUUUUCUCCUGCUUGGGGAUCCUUGUGGAGCUCCAGUCACCAAGGAAAAGGAAGCAGCAACUCAAGUUGGCAAAUUGCCUAUUUUCAACAACCAGCUGAACGGUCACCUGGCCUGCUUACGUCCAUCGAAGAAGACACCACAGCGACCAAAUCACAUUCCAUUUAGUUCAUUGGAAAAUACACUCCCUGUUGUGAGUUCGCAGCAUCCAGAAGGUUUCUCAGCAAAAGUCAGUCAGAUGAAUGUAAGCUAUCUCACAGGACUACUGGUAUAGAAUUGAAGCCUUUCUAAGCUUCAUAUGGUUGUACCCACACAAGUAAUGCUCAUGUUUGUGUAGUGAGUGAUGCUGGAUUUGCGUUCUGCUUCCUGCAGAGUGUACCUCAUAUGGGCAUAAUAUGUCUCAAUCUAGCUUCCAUGUUUCAAUAUUCCUAGUGUAACGCCCGCUAUUAAUCUGUUUUAUGAAUUAAAUAUUAUUGUUGACCU